UGCAGAAUCCAGAAUGGAUGUCCUCUUCGUAGCCAUCCUUGCUGUGCUACUUAUCCUGGGACAAGAACAUGAGGAUGGAGAAGGACUGGAAGAGGAUGAUUAUUAUCAGGUGAUCUAUUAUUACACAGUCACCCCCAAUUAUGAUGACUUCGGUGCAAAUUUCACUGUUGAUUACUCCAUGUUUGAAUCUGAGGACAGACAGAACAGGUUGAAUAAGGAGGGAAGGGAAGCAGCAGAGACUACCAUUAGUCAUGAAACAGAAGGUGCAGACCCUCAGAAGCCUGAAACAAUGGAACCAGUCGUGAUCUCAGUGUCCUGAGAUGGAGUCCUGCAUCGUGCUCCCUGCUCAGCGGGGAGCCUGCUUCUCCCUCUCCCUCUGUGCUUUCUCUCCCUCUCUCACUCUCUUUCAAAUAAAUAAAUAAAAAUCUUUAAAAAAUAAAAAAAAACUGUGAAGGAUGCUGAUGAUGAUGAAAAGGAAAUCUAUGAUGUUGUUAUUGCCCUCAAAGUAUUUAUAAAACCCAAGUUCAACACUUACAAAACAUUUAGAACAAAAUGAAAAGGUUCAUAACAAAGUUCAAUUACAUAUAAAUUUCAGAGCAUAUGACAUAGGCAAGUGUUUUAGUCAGUGGAAGGACAGAAAUCAGUAUACACUGGAGUUGCCUGGAAGACUUUUAGAAGAUGACUGUGUUUGAGAUAAACUUGGAAGGAUAGGUAAGCUUUUGAGUGGCAGUAAGUUAUGAAAGUAUGAAAACAAUUAGAAGGAAGAAUCGCAGAUAAAAGAGCAGCAUUGGUGAGGGGAUGGAAUAAGCAUGGCAUGUUUAGUGGGAUAGGGUAUGAUUGGAGGAGAAGGUGUAUGGGAAGGAACAGCGGAAAAUUAAGAAAAAAAUUAAAAUUUAUAAGGCUCCUAAUACUCGCUUGAUUAUUUCACAUAGGUAAGGCAAUAGGGCUGAAUCACAAGAGAAUCUGAAGUGUCAGGCUGAAGUCUGGACUUAGAUAAGCAAUGGGGGAGCCUAGUAAGUUCUUCAGUGUGGUAAAGAUACAGUGAAAGUGGUAUUUUAUUUAUUUUUUUAAGAUGUUAUUUAUUUAUUUGACAGAGAGAGACACAGCGAGAGGGAACACAAGCAGGGGGAGUGGGAGAGGGAGAAGAAGGCUUCCCGCGAAGCAGGGAGCCCAAUGCGGGGCUCGAUCCCAGGAUCCUGGGACAUGACCUGAGCCAAAGGCAGACACUUAACGACUGAGCCACUCAGGCGCCCCGAAAGUGGUAUUUUAGAAAAACUAUUUGUUGUACGCAGGAUGCAACAGAGUGGAGAGAGAUGCAUGAGAUUUACAUCAUUCUGGAAACAAUCCAUUAAAGGCUUGGACUAGGGAAGUAGCAUUUUGAAGGGAGAGGAGAAAAAUAAGUAUUUUGAAGAAAAUGCAAUGAGCAGCAAAUGAGGAGAGAGUUGAAAUAGCUUACAAGUUUUGAAUAUGGAUGUCUGGGGAAAUGGCUGACCAAAAUAGGAACUGUGAAAGGUCAGAGUGGUUUAGGACUGAACGUAUAAAUUAGGUACUGGUCAAGCUGAAUUUAUGGUGACGGUGUCCAAAGGUAGCUGAACUAGGUCAGAGCUGCAGUUCUAAGUGCAAAGUCACAGUUACGAAAGUAGACAAGCUCAACAGAGCUGGUACACAGAAGACCAGAGGCCAAUGACUGUGCCUGUAGUUAGUAGGAAGAAAAGGAAUCAACCAGGAAAAUGGAGAAGAAUUGAUUGAAGAGGCAGGCAGAUAGCCAAGUCUGUAUUAUAGAAUCUAGAAGAUAAAGUUUAAUAUAGUCAAUAAAAAGCGACCAAGAGUCCAAAGAAAAGGAGGUCAUUGGUAGCUCCAAAGAAGUAAGUUUUAAUUGAGUGGUUGAGCAAAAGUUAGGUUUUGUGGAGUUAGAGAGGGAGUAUAUUGUGAAGAAGGAAAGGGAGAGUGUAGACCAAUCAUCUGAGAAAUCUGGUAAUAAAAAAAAGAAGCAGCCGCCAAAAAGGGCAAGAGGACCAAAGUAUAGCCUGAAUAUAGUUGAACACAGAUGGGAGGAGUCAGUAGGAAUGGAAAGCUGGUGAUUGAUGACAAGGACAGGGAAAGAUUUUAAGGUACAUAGUAGGCUCCAUUUAGAUUGUAAACUCUCUGAAGAAAGGAGGGAGGUCUUAAUCACACUUAUAUCCUUGCUGUAGCACCUAGCACAGUGACUAAGCUUAGUGUCAUGCACA